UCCUGACAGAGCUCAUGUAAUGUGGGUCGUUGAACAGAUCCGUGUUUCAGUGGCCAAAAACAACAUUCUGUUGCCAAUAGCGGAGUACAGCUUCCACAUCUCAGACAUCAUGUUGGGAGAGAGCACAUCUCGGGAGAAAGGAAGGAAGACGAUCUCUCUGUGUCCUAACGUCAUCACACCGAAUACUAUCCCUGAGUUCUGCAUCCCACCAAAGAUCUGGCCACAGCAGGAGCUAAAGACGGCGGACUGGAGUAAAACUGGCCCUGUUGGAAAGGUGUCCUUUUCACCUGAGAAGGGCAGCAGCCCGGAGACGGAGGUAACAGUAAGAAAACCCUUCAUCAACACUCAUCCAACCCUUAUCCAGGUAGAGAGCGUGGACGAGACUCCAUACGACCAGGGCUUCAGUGAUGAGGAGAGUACCAACGCCGACCCCCAUAGCCAAGCAGCUCUCUCCCUGCCCCACCUGGCCAAGGCCCAGACCUGCUACGGUUUCUGUACCCUCCUGGAGAGCCCCCACACCCGGAGGAAAGAGUCUCUGUUCCACAGCCAUCCCAACGCCUGUCCCCUCCCCCUGAUCGCUGCCUCUCCCGGGCCUCGCGGCCGCUUCAAAACGUACUCCUCCAGAACCUCACCUCUACCCCACUCCCCGUCAUCCUCCUUCAGCCUCACCAAGCUGACCUCCAGCAGGCUGUCUCCUGGAGGCUCCAGGCUGGUGGCUCUCCAGAGACAGAGCACCCUGGACAGUGACACCACCUCCUCCGCCGAGUCCUCCCCCUUCAGCUCUCCUCUCCUGGCCAGGCCGCCUCCCAAGUCCUCCCUGCUCAAAGCCCUGAGCCACGACAGACUGCUGUCCCGGACUAUGAGAAAAGCUAUGCUCUCCAGGAACAACUCUCUGUCCACGGAUGAAGGCAGCUCCACGGACAACAGCCCCAAUAUCAUCCGAAGGGCCUCUGAUGCUGGAUUAGUAGAACCCCUUCCCAGUGCCUUCACCCUGGCUCCCCCUGCUAUCUUCCCCAUAGACCUCGUCCUCCACAGAGAGAGGGUCACGAAGGAGAGUCUACUUCCUGUAGGUAGAGAGGGAACACUACGGCUCUCAGCAGAGUACUGCCUAGACAACCAGAGACUCAGAGUGAGGUUGAUCAGUGCUGAGGGACUGUAUGCGAUCUCUGUGGAUCCUAAGAGCGUCAACUGCAGCAUCAGUAUCUGUCUGUUACCGGGGAAGAUGCAGAAGCAACGCGGCGCGGUAAUUAAGAGGAGCAGGAACCCCGUCUUUAACGAGGAUUUCUUCUUCUAUGGUAUCUCACAGGAAGACAUCUGCUGCCGGUCGCUGCGGUUCAAAGUUGUCAACAAAAUGGCCUCCAUGAAAAGGGACUAUAUUUUGGGAGACUGUGAGAUUUUGCUGAAAAGUUUAUUAUCUAUGUAGAAAUUGUUGAUUGGCUUGAAUGUAUAUAAGAAA